AUGGAACAAUUCCCUCAAGUCAUUGCAAGCCUACAGCAAGUUUCCGCCAGUGCGGCAGCGUUAACAGCGGCGGUGCAGAGUGGAACUCAAUCAGUUCCUGGACAGGUUCGUGUGCAAGAUGGUGCGAACACUAUCAAGCAGGCCAUGAAGUAUGCGAUCAACACCAAAUCAUCCAUUGAGGAGUAUGAAGAAUAUGAGGGUGAAAACGCCCCUAAAAAGAGAGCUUCGCAAGAAGCUACCAAUACGGCAAUAUCGCAGGUCACGCCAGCUCUACAAGCAUUGGCGGAAGGAAUCCGCAGAUCACAGGAAUCUUUCCCCGAUAAUGUUGCGUCAGAAUUGAAAUCUGUUUUAGAAGAGUUUGAGACAUUUCAAUCCUCUUGGGAGCAGCUGGCCCAGGCCAAUGGUACUAGUGCAGGCAAUUAUAUUCCAGGUAUCCUUCACAUGCUGUCCCAGAGUCUGGACGGUGCUUUUGAGAAGCUUGGUGGACGCUAG